AUGGUUCGACGGCGAUCUGCUUCCCCACAAGCUUCUGCCCCUGUCCGUUCCGCUCCUCGUCCAGCUCCUCGUCCAGCCGCUGCGGCGGCACCUCCCCAGCCAGGUUCGUGUUUGUCUCAUUGAUUAUUUUUCUUUUGAAUUUUUUAAAAUUUUUGCUUUUUAUCAUUUUUGAGAGAAUCAGUUUUUUUCUACAGCUAUUCUCAUUCUACCCGUUUAUCUCUUUUUGAGAAAGCUUUCUUUUUUUUUUUCAUUCUUUAAUGAGUUUCACGCGAGCUUCAAUGAUUGUUAUUCAGCUUCUUCUCAUGCUCCGCCACCUCAAAUGGCACAGUCGCCGAUGAUGCCUCCUCCAGGCGCCGCCCCAUCACGAGGACCUGGACUUAUGGGCCAAAUGGCCGCUACUGCUGGCGGUGUUGCUAUCGGAAGUGCUGUUGUAAGUGAACACUGACCCGAAUACAUAUUUGCCCAGUAUUUUGCGAUUACUCAAUGUUUCUGCUUACAGGGACAUGCUGUUGGCAACAUGUUCACGGGAGGAAGCGGAACUCGCGAAGAGGCUCCAGCUCUUCAGACUGCCACGGUUCCGCAACAGCAGCAGUUCUCCCAGCCUUGCGAGUUUGAGUGGAAGCAGUUUAUUGAUUGGUAUGUUUUUUGUGCCGAUUUCAAGUAUCAUCAAUCGUUUGUCUAUGAACUCCGGGAGAAUGAAGAGGAGCUCAGACUCAAAAAACUCCAGCGACAUUGAAUUAAGCCGAUAGGAAAACAGUCUAUAAACAUAUCUCACUAAGCUUUCUCGAUCGAUUUACAAUCUAGUAAAAAAGUAGUAGAGACUUACCAUUUAGUAAAAUAAUCUCUUAGUUGAAGUCGGAAAAUGUUUAUGUCCUUUGGUUUAGUGAAUAUACAUUUUACAUAAAACUUAUAUAAACGGCAGAAGAACGCCCAGAAUUUAGCGCUUUUUGAAAGUUCUUUUUUUCAAUUUACAAAAAAAGGGGAAAAAAAUAAGUUUUCAAGUUGCUCAAUUAGAAAAAUUUUAAAGUUGAGAAAAAAAGCUUUAUUUGUUAAUUUUAUUUCUUUCAGCUAAUAAAAAAAGCUGUAAUUUCUUGGUCUCAAAUAUCUCUUUUUAACGAAAUUACUGAAAUGAAGGAGAAAUGUUUUUAUUCAGUUUCGACUUUCAAAUGGAUCAUUUGAAGUUUUAUUGCAAGUCAUUUUCAGCUCUCAAAUGCAGUCGGACGUUUCUUUGUGCAAUGGAUUCAACGAGGCCUUCAAGCAGUGCAAGGCCCGCUACAAUUAA